CCAACGCUUCCCACCAACCCCCGCUCACACAUCUGAGAUCUCGAAAAUGCAGAGCAGUUCGUUCAAUCUCACAAAUUCGAUUUCAAAUCUCAAGCCUCGUAAUCAUAGAUUGAAUUCUAGCUACCUUCCUUUACCUUUGAAAUCAUCGAUCAAUCUUCACUCCAUCAAUGGUGUAUCUGCUCGUAGAUUGCCUUCAAUUUGCUGCUCGUCUUCAUCUAGGAAGUUAAGCGAUUGGAUUUCAACUCCUUCGCCGGUUCCGGAGCGUGAAUCAGAUGGUUUCGAGGUUAAAGCGGCGUCGGUUCCAGACAGUGCCGACGGCGGCGAUGAGGCGGCUUUGGCAAAGUCAAAGUUGACGGAAACGAUAGUGCUUGGAUCGUUGUUUGGGCUUUGGUACCUGUUUAAUAUCUAUUUCAACAUCUAUAACAAGCAGGUUCUGAAAGUCUUCCCGAACCCCAUAACUGUCACUACAGUUCAGUUUGCUGUUGGGAGUGUCAUUGUAUUUUUGAUGUGGACAUUAAAUCUUCACAAACGACCUAAAAUUAGUGGCGCACAGCUUCUAGCAAUCCUGCCAUUGGCUAUGGUGCACACCUUAGGCAAUCUUUUCACGAAUAUGAGUCUUGGAAAAGUUGCUGUUUCAUUUACUCACACAAUCAAAGCUAUGGAGCCAUUUUUCUCAGUUGUGCUGUCGGCUAUGUUCCUAGGAGAGAUGCCGACACCAUGGGUGGUUACUUCCCUUUUGCCGAUUGCUGGUGGAGUGGCCCUUGCGUCAAUGACUGAGGCCUCAUUCAAUUGGGCCGGGUUUUGGAGUGCAAUGGCAUCCAAUUUGUCGAAUCAAUCGCGUAAUGUCCUUAGCAAAAAAUUUAUGGUUAAGAAAGAGGAAUCAUUGGACAAUAUUACUCUCUUCUCGAUCAUAACAAUUAUGUCAUUUUUCUUGUUGGCCCCUGUUACUUUCUUCACUGAAGGAGUGAGGGUUACCCCUGCAUACAUGCAGGCUGCUGGAUUGAACGUCAAACAAGUGUAUAUUAGGUCUCUUCUUGCUGCAAUCUGCUUCCAUGCUUAUCAGCAGGUUUCCUAUAUGAUAUUGCAAAGGGUGUCUCCAGUUACACACUCCGUUGGCAACUGCGUGAAACGUGUGGUGGUGAUCGUGACCUCGGUUCUUUUCUUCCGCACACCUGUCUCACCUAUCAACUCCAUUGGUACCGGAGUGGCCCUUGCCGGAGUAUUUCUAUACUCGCAGGUGAAGCGCAUGAAGCCAAAGACCGCUUGAAAUCGUUCCAAAUUCCGUGCUUAUAUCAAGAUUUUGGGUGAUAGUUUUUGUGCAUUUUAGAUGACAAUUCUAUUCUGUUCUUCCAUUGGGUUUUUGUGACUUCAAUUCUAUCUAUAUUAAAUCUGCAGACUGCCUUGUUCUCUCUUACAUUAUUGGUUUCAAGUUCAAAUUUCCUGCAGAUAUCACUUUCAAAGCACAAUGUACAAUGUUUUAUUGCUUUCAAAACCCUCAAAUCUUUAUUCU